AUGAAAAAUUUAUUUCUUAGCUUAUCUUUAUCUUUAGGAUAUGUAAUAAGACUAGUACCAUAUUGCGAUUCACAGAAAAUUACAGGCGCACCUUUAGCACAAUUUAUCAAUACAAAUGUAAACAAAAUUCACAAUUCAUUAGAGGGAAAUUUUGCUUUUACUACAAAUUUACAAAAUUGUUUGCCGGCAACAAAACCUAUCAUAAGCCCAGUAUUUAUAAAACCUAAGAAUUUUCAGGUUUUUGGAAGCUUAAAAACACCGCUAAAUAAGACACCGCUGAAUAAAACACCGCAAAAUAAAACACAGUUAAAUAAAACACAGCUGAAUAAAACUCCGCAAAAUAAAACUUUGCUAAAUAAAACUCCGCAAAAUAAAACUUUGCUAAAUAAAACUCCGCAAAAUAAAACACAGCUGGAUAAAACUCCGCUAAAUAAAACACCACCUAAUGUGGUAUAUACAAGAUCUUUAUGGUAUCAAAAUUUAAAUCCACCAUUAGUUAAAGGAACUUAUAAAGCAUUAACGCCAAAGAUCAUGCCACAACAACAUGUUAAAAAACCGGUAACUAAAAAAUUUAAGGAUAAAAAUAAAACAUCACAAAUUUUAAAAAAAAGAAGCCAACCCAAAACGCAAAAUAUUGUUAAAAAUGCUCAAAUUAAUCCUAUAUUAAAUAGUAUACCACAAACUACAGCCAAAAUAUUGCCGGUGCCGAUUUUGAUUCCUACACCUAUAUUCAGACAAAAUAAUUAUGUUCCUGUUAAUAACAAUCAGAAAAGAAAUGUUGUAUUUAAAAAUUAUCCCAGUAAAGUUCCAUUAAAUAAUGUUUUGAAACCUGUUACUAACAUUACAACAGUAAAGAAAAAAGCGGCUUUAAGUACUAAAAAAGACAGUAUUCCAACAGUGAUGCCAGUAACGAUAAGUAAAUACAUUCCACAAACAAAUUAUACAGCUAAAAAAGAAAUGCCUUUUGCAGAGACAAAGAUAUUUCAGCCUAUAAUACCGAUACAGUUACCAGAGACUAUAUACAUUCCAAUCCCAGAAACAAAGACAAUUGAUGUACAACAAAAGCCUAAUUUUGUUCAAAUUUUGCCACUAGACCUGACAAAGCCGACCACCAAAGAAAAACCUCAAACAUUUCAGCAAAUAAUAAAUUUAAUACAGCCUCCACUAGUAAAACAAGAUCAAGUUUAUGCUUCUUCUAUCACAGAAAGUGAUCAAUUAAGUGACUGUGAAUUGCAAAACUACAGGCAGGACUCUUCGAUCACAAAUGAAUCUAAUAAUUGCAAUAUUCAAAAUAAAAAAUUAGAACGUCCAUUACAAUCUGAACAUAAAGAAAAUACUCCGCAAACAACAAUAACUACGACAAUAAUUUAUCAAAAUCCAAUAAAACCGCAGGAUGAUUUAAAAAAUUCGCAAUAUAAGGAUUCUACAUUUAUACCGCUUCGUAAUAUAUGUAACAUGAAUAUUGAUCCUUUACCAAAUGAAUGCAAUACUUAUAAAAUACAUUCGCUUAUAAUUGAUUCGGACAAAAUUAAUUUACCAGCCAAUGUAAUCGACAAUAUAUUAAAAAACAAUGGCAUAAGAGAAAAUGACCUUGUAGAAAAGGGCAAUAAUGUUUCAUUAAAAGAUUUACAAAAGGUUAAUAACCUUAUUAAUAAUUUGUUUAACCAGCUUAACAAUUCAAAGGGAGAGAAGAUUUACUGUUCAAAAUCUCAUGAACUUCAAGAUUAUAAAUGUACGACAUCUAAAUGCGAAUCAAAUGAAUGUGACGAAUCUAUAAAUAUGCCAGAUACACAGUAUAAAAAGGGUAGGUUUAAUUUAUUUAAUAUUAAUUUGCCUGUUAUUUCAGAUGAGGAUUCAUACAUUAAAAGUACGAUUACUAUCGAAACUACUAAAAAAUCAACCAAAGACAUAAAUAAAGAAUCUAAUAAUAUAAAGGAAACACUCGAACCUCAAUAUAAAAAACCAAAAUAUCCACCUUAUAUUGAUUUUAUUGUUCCUGAGGAAUCCAGUGAUCGGUAUAAUGAACACGAUGUCAUUAGAAAAGCUAUAUCUAAUGAAGAAGACCAAAGCAAUGAAAACUAUAAUUUUAACGAAAAUAGAAAAGAUUUUUCACCUUUAGAGAUGAUAAGUAAUGAUAGUUUGUACCCAGAAUUAUCACAAUAUACUAACAUUAUUAAAAUUUCUGAUUUUCUCAAGGGAAAAUACAGCGAUUCAUGUUCAGAUUUAUUUAAAAACAAAAUAGAUAACAUCAGUCAAGGGGACUUAUCUCAAUGUUCUAUCUUAUCUCCUACAGACUUCAAUAGCGGUGAUAGUGUCGUAUAUCUUAGUGAGUUGAUAUAG